GGCUUCACUGAAUGCCACUCAGAAAAUGGGGUGGAUAAUUCAGUUUGUCAUGGUCAUUUCUGAGCCUCGCUGCCUCUCUCGUCUUGGAGACUGUUACGUUUUUUCUAAAAAUGAAAUGUUCUAUAUAAAUAUUACCCAAGCGGGUAUUUCUGCUUAAGCCAUUUGGUUACCAAAUGGUUUCAAUGAACUCAGGAUUGGGAGCUCCAAAUAAAACAUAUCGUCUCUAAUUUAAAACAAAACAAAACCAAACUCAGCUACAAAGUCAUGAAGUACGAAUUCUGCUCUGCGAAAGAAAUAUUGGGACUUGUAGUUCUUCUAUUUCCCUGUCCCACCCAGAGAGUGAUGUUUCCUGAUUUAUUGCCAGCCGGGAUACUUUUAUAAAAACUUAGUACUGCUGUGUUUUCUCGUCCGGCCAAACAGGUCCUUCCCCAUCCUUGAGCCCCGCUGUGGCGCUCGUUGUCCGUAGUAUUGGUGUCGUGUGUGAUUUGCUGCAUGACCGUGUGUUGGUCAGUUGAGCUGUGCGUAAACUGAUGUACCGCUGGUGUUUUAACACUGUGUCUCUGUAACUGUUUGCGCUGCUAGCUGCUACACUGAAGCAACCGUGCUGUUCUGAAGGCAGUCUACCCUUGACGAUUUAGAUGGACCAGAAACUGUUCCUAAAACAAGUGAGCAUGCUCGACCUAGGCUUUGUAAAAUGUUCAGCAUGGAUAUGUCCUCCUCAUCAGCUGACAGUGGCAGUUUAGCAUCAAGCGAGCCCACGCAGUGCACCAUGCUGUACUCGCGCCAGGGGACCACGGAAACCAUAGCGGAGGUGGAGGCCGAGCAGGAUGACGAGGCGGUGGCCAAAGACGCCGACCAGGGAGGGGAGGAGGCCACGGACUUGGGGCUGGAGGAAGCCUCGGAGGCCUCGGAGGCCGGCCUCACCCCAGAUGCCGAGCUGCCGCACUACUCCACCGAGGAUGGGGACGUGGAGGCGCCUCCCUCCUACAACAAGGCGGUCAGCUUCGAGCGCCUGUCCUUCGGCUCGCGGGACGACUCUGCAGGCCAGAGCCACAUGGCCGUGAGCCCUGACGAGAGCUGCUCAGACAGGCUCGAGUCCAGCAUCUUACCGCCCCUGACUCACGAGCUGACGGCCAGUGAGCUGCUGCUGAACAAGAUGUUCCAUGAUGACGAGCUGGAAGAGUCCGAAAAAUUCUACGUUGGCCAACCCCGGUUCUUGCUGUUGUUCUAUGCCAUGUACAAUACUCUGGUGGCCCGCUCAGAAAUGGUGUGUUAUUUUGUGAUCAUCCUCAACCACAUGGUCUCUGCCUCCAUGAUCACCCUUGUGCUUCCCAUUCUGAUCUUCCUCUGGGCCAUGCUGUCUGUGCCCAGGCCCAGUAGAUGAUUCUGGAUGAUGGCCAUUGUCUACACAGAGGUGGCAAUUGUGGUCAAGUAUUUCUUCCAAUUUGGCUUCUUUCCCUGGAACAAGAACGUGGAAUUGAACAAAGAUAAAGCUUUCCACCCACCGAAUAUCAUAGGAGUGGAGAAGAAAGAAGGCUAUGUCCUUUAUGAUCUCAUUCAGCUCUUGGCUCCUUUCUUCCAUCGGUCCAUU